GAAAAAAAAAAAUUGGUCUUUUUUUUAGGCUCUCUCUUUUCAUUAUCUUCCAAAGAAUACAGUUAAAUUAGUAAUUUGACACGUUAUAAGAAUAGUUGUAUAAUCAAGAAAUUAGUGAAUUCUUGUUUUGUUUUGUUCUUCUUAACAUUGAGAGACAGAGACCAGUCAGUCUUGUUAUUUCUCACCUUUAGCUUUAGAGAUAACCUCUGAUUUGUUCUCCUAUUUGUUCUGAGAUCGUCUUCUUCUUAUUCUCAAGAUAUCAAGCUAUGAUUUUGAAGUCUACCCAUUCAUUCAGCUCUUUCCCUUAUGUUUCAAGAUUCAAUUAGGUUGUUUUCUUCUUUUUCUCAUCCGCCAUUUUCGUUGACUUUAUGAAGCAUUUCUCAAAGGUGGUCUUUUUCUUCUCACUUUGACUCUGUUCUUCACAUUGAUUCAUUGGAAACAUUGAAUGCUCUUUCGUUAAGUUCGGAUCUUUUCUUCAGGGCUUGAUUAAUUUCAUAUCUAUGAUCUUGUCUGUAUUGUUCAUACCUCAAAAAAAAAAAACCACAGACACGUUUUGAUCCAAUUACUGUUCGAUUGAUACUUGUCAUUGGGUUUAGAUUUAGGGGUUUUGUAUUCUUGGGGAUUUGAAGUUAAAAAAACAGAGACUUUGAGUGAUAUAAUCUGGAGGGGAGGGGAAACAAUGGCUGCAACUGCAAUGGAGCCAUCUUCAUCUAUAAGCUUCACAUCUUCUCACUUAUCCAAUCCUCUUCCUCUUGUUACAACUAAUCAUCACGCAGCUGCUAAUCUUGAAGCUGUGAGUUUAAUCAAGCUCAGCUCUAACUUGGACCAGCUUCUCACUAACCCUGAUUGUGAUUAUACUGACGCAGAGAUCAUCAUUGAAGAAGAAGCUAACCCUGUGAGUGUUCAUAGAUGCCUUUUAGCUGCUAGGAGCAAGUUUUUUCUUGAUCUAUUCAAGAAAGAUAAAGAGAGUAGUGGAAAGAGUGAGAAGAAACCAAAGUAUCAGAUGAAAGAUCUGUUGCCUUAUGGAAAUGUGGGACGCGAGGCGUUUCUGCAUUUCUUGAACUAUGUCUAUACCGGGAGGUUGAAGUCUUUUCCUGUCGAGGUUUCCACUUGUGUUGAUACAGUUUGUGCUCAUGAUUCUUGUAAACCCGCCAUUGAUUUUGCUGUUGAGUUGAUGUAUGCUUCGUAUGUGUUUCAAAUGCCAGAGCUGGUGUCAUCGUUGCAGCGGAGGCUUUGUAACUAUGUUGAGAAGUCACUAGUCGAGAAUGUUAUACCGAUCCUCUUAGUUGCGUUUCAUUGUGAUUUGACUCAGCUUCUUGAUCAAUGCAUAGAGAGAGUGGCGAGAUCAGAUUUAGAUAGAUUCUGUAUUGAAAAGGAGCUUCCUUCCGAAGUAUCAGAUAAGAUCAAACAGCUUCGAGUUAAGUCAGUGAACGUCCCCGAGGUGGCGGAUAAAACGCUAGAGAGAACCGGGAAAGUACUCAAGGCAUUAGAUUCAGAUGAUUUGGAACUCGUGAAGCUUCUUUUGACUGAGUCAGAUAUAACACUAGACCAAGCCAAUGGUCUGCAUUAUGCAGUGGCUUACAGUGAUCCGAAAGUUGUGACCGAGGUUCUUGAUCUAAACAUGGCUGAUGUGAAUUUCAGAAAUUCCCGGGGGUAUACGGUUCUUCAUUUUGCUGCUAUGCGUAGAGAGCCAACUCAAGGAAAGAACCUAGUAAAGACCGCUUAUGCAUCGAUAUCUUGGAAAGGGAAAUUAGAAGGAAUCCAUUGGUUAGUGGGGAUACACCCACUUGUUCCCAUUCGAUGCCAGAGGAUCUCCAAAUGAGGUUGUUAUACUUAGAAAAGCGAGUGGGACUUGCUCAGUUGUUCUUCCCAGCAGAAGCUGAUGUGGCUAUGGACUUUGCUAAUGUUGAAGGGACAAGCGAGUGUACAGGUCUUGUUUUCCCACCUCCAUCAAAUGUUACAACUGGAAACUUGGGUCAAGUUGAUUUAAAUGAAACGCCUUAUGCGCAAACGAAAAGAAUGCUUACACGUAUGGAAGCACUCAUGAAAACAGUUGAGACAGGACGGAGGUAUUUCCCAUCUUGUUCUGAGGUUCUGGAUAAGUACAUGGAAGAGUAUAUGGACGAAGACAUCCCAGAUAUGUCGCAUCCGGAGAAAGGCUCUGUUAAAGAGAGAAGACAGAAGAGGAUGAGAUAUAACGAGCUGAAGAACGAUGUCAAAAAAGCGUAUAGCAAAGACAAGAUUGCACGGUCUUGUCUAUCUGAUUCAUCACCAGAUUCUUCUCUUAGAGAGAUCUUAGAGAACUCAACAUAAUCUGUCUGUUCAAUAUGAACUAAUGCCUACUAGAGAUAGUUCCUUGGGAAGAUAUUAGCUAUUUUAUUAUAGGUUUGAUAUAGAAAAAUAUUAAAAGAUCCCCAUUUUGGCAUACAUGUUUAUUUAUACACAUGCUUUAGGUUUGGUUUAUAUUUAAGGGUUUGGAUUUUUGAAAAUGUAUAACUAGGGAGUCUUGGAUGCACCCCAAAACCUUUCAACCACUUAAGAACCUUUUGAUUGCUUCUUUUUA